CUUUGCUACCUUGUUAGCUAUCCGGCUUAGACAAUGGCUUCAGUCAGAAACUACCACCCAAGGACCGGGCUCCUGGCUUCCUCUUUCGGCAGUGGCGCGGGUGGCGAGGCACCACUAGCACGCGGCAGCGCGGACGAGCCGAUAUUUGGAGACUUGGCAAACAACCUCGCGUGCGUUGUGCUGGUAUUGGCUGGGUUCCUGUGGGCCCUCAAGGUGUUAUCGCACUGCGUGGUGCAGCGGCGAUACGUCAAGCGGCGGGCAUUCGUGAACCGCUCGGCAGACGAGUAUCCGGGUGUCACUGUCAUCCGGCCGAUGAAGGGAAUUGACCUGGACAUGUGCCGCACGCUCGAGUCAAGCUUCCGUCAAGAGUACCCAGGCAAGAUGGAGCUGCUGUUUGCAGUCGAGGACGCGCAGGACCCGGCCGUGGCUGUGGCCGAGGAGCUGAUCAGCAAGUACCCGAAGGUGCAGGCGCGGGUUCUGGUGGGCCGUGACAACGUCGGGAUCAACCCCAAGAUCAACAACAUGCUGAAGGCAUACAAGGCCGCCAGCUACGACCUGCUGUGGAUAUGCGACUCGAACGUGUGGACAGACCCGGGCACGCUGCGGCGGUCGGUUGAUCUGAUGCUGGACGACAAGCGCGUCGGUGUCAUCCAUCACGUGGUGUUUAGCGAGAAUGCGACAUCGUUUGGCGCCAUGCUCGACCGUGCGUUCCUGACCACCAACCACUGCCGCAUGUAUCUGGCCAUCAAUGCGGUUGGGAUCGCCAGCUGUCUGAUGGGCAAGUCGAACCUCUAUUACAAGAGCGCCCUCGACCACGCUGGCGGCCUGGCUGCGUUUGGCCACUACCUGGCUGAGGACAACAUGAUCGGCCAGGCGCUGUGGCAUGCCGGGUGGAAGCACACCAUGACCGGCGACCUGGCGCGCCAGCCUGCCGACAUCCGCUCGUUCUCCGAGUACUGCAGCCGACGGGUGCGGUGGGUGCGCACACGCAAGUACAAUGUCACAUUUGCGACCUUCUACGAGCCGCUUACAGAGUCCCUGCUGCUUGGCUCGCUGGCUGCGUGGGCGAUGCACCGGGUGUUUGCAUUCGACGUGGCUGCGGUUCUGAGCACAUUCCUGCUGUGCUGGUUCGCCUCCGACAUGGUGUUCUUCUACCGCAUCAACCACGGCCCGCCGCCGAGCUGGCCGUGGUUCGUGUUCAGCUGGGUGUGCCGCGAGGUGCUGGCGCUGCCGCUGUGGCUGUAUGCGAUCGUCCGGCGACACCGUGGUCUGGCGCGGCCAAAGGGGGCGGAAUCGCGCGGCGGCAGCGGGGGAGACAAUGGCGUGGCUGGACGCAUGGCGCGAAAUGGCACUCCAGCGCCGCCGCCGCCACCACCGGCGACAACAACAGCACCAAAGACAUUUGUGGGAUUAAAUAUGUCGCACGUUCCCGCUUGCCUCAACGCCACCGAGGAGGAUAUUCAGCUCCUGCUGAGCGCCAAGGCCCACCUUGGUUCGCAGAACGUUGACUCGCACAUGCUGCCGUACGUCUACAAGCGCCGCGCUGAUGGUGUGCACCUGAUCAACGCCGGUAAGACCUGGGAGAAGCUUGUUAUGGCUGCUCGCAUCAUCGCCGCCGUCGAGAACCCCAAGGACGUGUGCGUGAUCUCGGCCCGUCCGUUCGGCCAGCGCGCUGUCCUGAAGUUCGGUACCCACACCGGUGCCCAGGCCAUCGCCGGUCGCUUCACCCCCGGUAACUUCACCAACUACAUCACCCGCCAGUUCAAGGAGCCGCGUCUGAUCGUUGUUGCUGACCCCCGCGCCGACCACCAGGCCAUCCGUGAGGCUUCGUACGUGAACAUCCCGGUCAUCGCGUUCACCAACACCGACUCGCCCCUGGACCACGUUGAUGUCGCUAUUCCCAUCAACAACGCCGGUAAGCACGCCAUCGGUCUUGGCUUCUGGCUCCUGGCCCGUGAGGUCCUCCGCCUGCGCGGUACCCUCCCCCGCGACCAGCCUUGGGAUGUCAUGACCGACAUGUUCUUCUACCGCGACCCGGAGGAGGUCGAGAAGGACCUGGAGGCUGCCGCCGAGAAGACUGAGGAGGCCGGUAACUGGGAUGCCUCCGCCGACGCCAACGCCGAGUGGAGCGCCACCGGUGCCGCCGGUAACGACGUCGCUGCCCUGGCCAACUCGGGCAACUGGGACGCCGCUGCUGAGGGCGACUGGGCUGCCGAUGGUGCCGCCCCCGCUGCCGACUGGGCUGCUGAGGGUGCCGCCAACUCUGGCUGGAGCGCUUAA